AUGGUGUUCAUCUUCGGCGUCAACUUUCGAGAGUCCGCUCUCGUAGCGCGCUCCUUACAAUCCUUCUAUGGCAUUGGCCCAAAAGUCUGCGAGAGGCUGAUGGCACGCUUUCACAUCCACAAGACUGCAAAGGUCGGCUCGUUGAAGGACAGACAAGUGAACGAUCUGGCAGGAGAGCUGAGUACGAUGACAUUGGAGAACGAUCUGCGGCGGCAAUUGCAGGACAACAUCAAGCGAUUACGAGACAUGGGCGCAUACAGAGGGAGACGGCAUGCCAUGGGCUUGCCGGUGCGGGGACAGAGGACGAGGACCCAGAUCAUGACAGCCAGAAAGCUGAAUCGCGUGGAGAGGAGAGGGUGA